GUAGCCGUACCGCGGAAAAUGAGGGUCUUGACGUGGAGAAUUUCCGCCUUGUGACUGCAGGCGAGAGAAUCCCAGCUGAUUUUCCAAUGGUGAUCGAUCAGUAAGAAGGAAGAUAAAGAAAAAGUAAUUUGCGAGUGCCAGUCAAACACAGACAGAGCCUAGCAGUAAGCCGUCUGUUGUUUAGUUGCAGCACCAUGAUUAAAGCUAUCCUCAUCUUCAAUAAUCACGGCAAACCCCGGCUCUCCAAAUUUUACGAACACUAUAGUGAAGAUACGCAACAGCAGAUAAUAAGAGAAACAUUUCAUUUAGUCUCAAAACGAGAUGAAAAUGUGUGCAAUUUUCUAGAAGGUGGAAUGUUGAUUGGUGGAUCAGACAACAAACUUAUCUACAGACAUUAUGCUACGUUAUAUUUUGUGUUCUGUGUGGAUUCUUCUGAAAGUGAGUUAGGCAUAUUGGAUCUUAUUCAGGUAUUUGUGGAAACAUUGGACAAAUGCUUUGAGAAUGUCUGCGAAUUGGACUUGAUCUUCCAUGUAGACAAGGUUCACAAUAUUCUGGCUGAGAUGGUAAUGGGGGGAAUGGUAUUAGAGACCAAUAUGAAUGAAAUUGUUACUCAGGUUGAAGCACAGAACAAAAUGGAAAAGUCAGAGGCCGGUCUAGCGGGUGCACCAGCUCGAGCUGUGUCAGCUGUAAAGAAUAUGAACCUACCAGAAAUUCCACGGAAUAUUAACAUUGGAGAUAUCAGCAUAAAAGUGCCAAAUCUGCCCUCUUUUAAAUAAUGUAGCUGCUCUCAAAACACUGGAGUUCUCAAAAUGUUUACGAUGAAAUUGUUUACCAAAUCAAAGAAUGGUUUUACUUUUGUUGUAAAAAAGAUGAAGGUACCAUAUUAUUAUUUAAUUAUUUCCUUUUACAAUGAUAUCAUUGAAUCCAAAUGUCUUUUUGUCUCUCUGAAUGAUUUUUUUUCUUUUUUCAUGAACUUCAUGUUUUGCUUAUUACAUUCCUCGGGCCUUCACAAGGUACAUGCCCUUAUUAUGGCUGCUGCAGUAUUUAAAAAAAAAAAAACAAACUAGUAUUUAAAAUUUCCAGCAACUUGUUAAAUCAGUAAUUCUUAUUUUUUUUCAGUGUUUAUGUAUUUUGUUUUUUCUCUGUAUUCCCCUUAGCAUUAUUUUGAUUUUCUUUUUUGACUGUUUAUUGAUUAACUGUUAGUGCAUGUGGGGAUUGUCUUGUUUUGUUUGUUUGUUUUUUUUGUUUUAAAAAAUAAAUAAUCAAAAGUUGUUAUUACCUUUAA